AUGGUGAUUCUACGCAGUGGGGUUGCCACUGUUGAGGCCGGUAGCAAAGACAACCCUCAAGCGUGGCUCGUCAAGAGUUCGGUGCACACGGUCUGGACAGACUCUGAGCGACACACCAUGUUAUAA